CUAACUCAAAGCAUCUUCUCUUCUUUAAUCUUUCUGUCGAUCUCUUGAUUCAAACCUCUUUCUUCUUCUUUGUUUCAAAUCAAAUCGAAAAUGGGUACUGGUUGGCGAAGAGCUUUUUGCACAGCAAUUCCUAGAAAUUCAUCUGAUUCACCGGUGCUCGGAGACGUUCAACAGAAUCCGGCUCCAAGUCCUAGAGCAUCUGGGAAACUUGGGUUCUUCAAGAGUUCUGGUUCGAAUCCAUCUACCCCUCGAUUACAAUCGAAUUGGGGCUUACGUUCCAGGAGCAAUAACAGCAACAAUGGCGAUAAUGCUACUGCUAAUUCAAAUGCAUCAACUCCUCGAUUGCGUUUGCGUCCCAAAACCAACAAUAAUGUUGAUUCUGGUGAUGAUGCUGCUAAGUUUCAUUCUUCUGUGAUUGAUAAUCUCAAUAUCACUCCCAGAUUAAGAUGCAAAACCAACACGAAAAAUCCAAAAUCAUCGUUACUCGGUUCCAAUCCUUCGUCUCCGAGAUCUCCUUUCUCGAUCUUUAAAAAUUCUUUGGGUUUUUCAAGAAGUAACUGUGGAUUGUGUUUGCAAAGUGUGAAAACUGGUCAUAAAACGGCCAUAUUCACGGCGGAAUGCUCACACACCUUCCAUUUUCCAUGUAUAUCAAAUCAUGUGAAGAAGGAAAAUGUUCUCGCUUGCCCUAUCUGUAAAUCUACUUGGAGAGAUGGUUCGUUUCUCGCCAUCCACAAGCUUCAAUCUAACGAAACCCAGAAAUUAAUCGAUGAUAAAAACGAAAAUUCGAUCACAACUCCGAGAGCCAAGACCGAUUUGACGAGAUCCCAAGAGAAUUUCAUCAAAGCAAAACCUUACGAUGACGACGAGCCACUUCAAACACCGAGAGCUGGCGGUGGUGGUAUUCUUCCGAUACCGGAGGCGGCGGAGGAAGAAAAUGAAGACAUUGAUGUUGAUGAAGAGUUCAAAGGUUUCUUCGUAAAUCCAGUUUCCUCAUCGUCGGCUGAUGAAUUCCGAGGAGAUUUUAAAAAUGUGGAAGUGAUGCUGAUGUCAGAAGUCGCGGUAGUUUCUUCAAGUCAAUCACACGAGACAUACGCAGUCGUGUUGAAAGUGAAAGCUCCACCACCAUCGCCGCCGGUCGGGGCGGCGCAUAUGCUGAACCAGUCUCGACGUGCACCUAUUGACUUGGUAGCUGUUCUCGACGUGAGUGCAAGUAUGGGAGGAGCCAAGCUUCAGAUGCUAAAACGAGCUAUGCGCUUAGUCAUUUCUUCCCUCGGCUCGGCUGACCGGCUUUCAAUCGUCGCCUUUUCAGCUUGCCCGAAACGGCUACUCCCUUUGAGAAGAAUGAGUCCAAGAGGUCAACGGUCAGCUCGGCGUAUCAUCGAUCAGCUCGCUUGUAGCCGGGGUACCUGCGCCGGUGAAGCUCUGAGAAAAGCCACUAAAGUUCUUGAAGACCGCCGGGAAAGAAACCCAGUCGCCAGUAUCAUUCUAUUAUCCGAUGGUCAUGAAGAGCACGUAAAUGACAACAUUAACAACAGUUCAAAUCACCGGCAACCGGCUAGCCACGUGUCCACUACUCGUUUCGCUCAUGUUGAAAUACCGGUUAACACAUUGGAGAAAUCCGGUGGUGGGGUUGGUGGUGGGUUCAGCCAUCAAAACCACGACCCGGCGGAGAAUGCGUUUACAAAGUGUGUUGGCGGUUUGCUCAGCGUGGUGGCUCAGGAUUUACGAGUUGAACUCGGUGUCGCUCCCGGUUCAGACCCUGCGGAGAUCACCGCCGUGUAUUCAUGCAACGGUAAACCGACGGUGUUAAACUCCGGUUCUGUACGUUUCGGCGAUCUAUACGCCGAGGAAGAAAGGGAAGUGCUCGUUGAAAUAAGGGUCCCACGGUCAAACACCGGGUCCCAUCACGUCUUAUCAGCUCGGUGUUGUUACAACGAUCCGGCGACGCAAGAAGUGAUCUACGGCGGAGAAAAGGCGUUGCUGGUGCCCAGAGCACAGACCGUCCGAUCAUCUUGUUCACCGAAGAUCGAACGGCUGAGGAAUCUCUUCAUAGCCACACGAGCUGUGGCGGAGUCGCGACUUCUCGUGGAAUAUAAUAAGCUGACGACGGCGCAUCAUCUGUUAUCAUCGGCGAGAGCUUUGUUGAUGCAGUCGCCGGCGGCUGAAGAGUUCGUUAAAGGGUUGGAAUCGGAGCUGGUGGAUGUUCAGUGGAGAGUACAAUAUCAGCAGCAGAUUGUACAACAACAAGGGAUGAUGGUGGAUGAAAAUGGGGAGCCGUUAACGCCGACGUCGGCUUGGAGGGCGGCUGAGAAGCUGGCUAAAGUUGCGGUGGCGAAGAAGUCGUUGAACAGAGUCAGCGAUCUGCACGGCUUUGAAAAUGCUAGGUUUUAGUUAUUAUUAUUAUUAUUAUUAUUAGAUUUUCUUUUUUUGUUUUUUAAUAUUAAAAAAAGCAAAAUUGUUAAUGAAGGAUAGUGAAUAAAUUAAUGUAGAAAAAUAUAUAUUUUGGACACAAAUGGGAUGGGUAAGGAAUGGAGAGAUGGGGCACGUGGAAGCAUGUGAUUUUCAUAGUGAGAAUGAAUUUGUAAGGAAAGCUUUGUAGAUUAACUCAAAAGUGUGUUAAUGAAGUCGUGAUUUCUUUUGUU